AUGGAACGUAUGCAUGUAAUUACUAACAAAUUUCCUGACGGUAUAUUUAUGAAUGUUCGUAUAGUAUACGUGAGUGAUUCGAUGCAUUCAAUUGAAUAUGAUUUCUUCGUUCGAAUUUCACAAGCAUUUCCAUUACUUAAAGAUUUAACUGUGUUAAGUACUGUUAACCAACAGAAAUCGACAAAUGAACUCGAUGGAUAUGAACAAACGUUUUCAAUUAUUGAAUAUUCUCAUCUGAUGACACUCGAUCUAAUUUCGUCUCAUAUCGACUAUGCGAAACAAUUUCUUCUUAAGACAAGUUUACCACGCCUUAGUACACUAGGUAUUGACUAUGAACACUUGAUAAACGUAACAGAAGAUUUUACAAGUAGUACAGCUCGUGCUAACUGUGCAAAUUUAAAAAACAUUAUUUUUCGUAACAAGCCAAUAAUCCCUGGAAGAAAAUUUUUUACUUAUUUUCCUCUUGUUUUAAAUAUACAUCGAGUCGAGAACUGUUGA